UCAUUUAGGAUGCCUGACAGUCUUGAGGAAAAGUAGGAGUGGCUCUCAGUGUUUAUUUAGCUGGACAGGAGUCUCCUAGGAAAGGUCUGCUCAUAUCCCGCUUAGGAUUUCAUUUCUAGAACUUGGGAAAGAGGAAGAGAAGCAGGAACAUCAGUGAGGUAGGCCCGCAGAGCUCUCCAAGCCACGUUAGGACUCCAGACCCGCCCGACUUCAGUUCUGGUCUCUUCUAUGAAUGAAAUCGUCAAGUGGGCAGGCCGGGGACAUGAUUUUAAGGAGAAUGGAACAUGUUUCUUGCUGCUUCCUAAAUCUGGUUUGAAAUGAUUAUGGAUUCAACCCUGGCAAAGGCAGAGAGAAAUUCCUUGGGAUUAUAUGAGAUGAGAAUUCUCCAGCCAACUUCUGGGAUUCUAAAAACAGGGGUGUGACUGGAACCCAAAAAGGGCAAAUUGUGUGGAGAAUUGAGCCUGGGCCCUAUUUCAUGGAACUGCUGGCAUCGCCAUCCACUAAUGAGACAAAUAAGUGAUAAAAGAAUGUGGGAGAACAUGGAAUGGGUUAUUUUCAUUCAAGGCGAUUCCUCCUUUGGAAGGAUCCCAGGAUUUAAGAGACUGAUAGAGCUGAGAAAUUUUGCCAGCUGAACUUCAGGGGAAAAGCGGAGAUAAAAAUCUGUUUUAAAUACUACCACGGCAUCAGUGGAGCCCUUCGUGCCACGACCCCCUGCAUUACGGUGAAGAACCCGGCUGUGAUGAUGGGUGCAGAAGGCAUGGAAGGAGGUGCUUCUGGAAAUCAGCAUUCUCGGAAGCUAGUUAGCUUUACCUUGUCAGAUCUUAGAGCAGUUGGGCUAAAGAAAGGGAUGUUCUUCAAUCCCGACCCUUAUCUUAAGAUGUCCAUUCAGCCAGGGAAGAAGAGCAGUUUCCCCACCUGUGCCCACCACGGACAGGAGAGAAGGUCCACUAUCAUCAGUAACACCACUAAUCCGAUUUGGCAUCGAGAGAAAUAUUCCUUUUUUGCACUUCUUACUGAUGUCUUAGAAAUUGAAAUUAAGGACAAAUUUGCCAAGAGCCGUCCAAUCAUCAAGCGUUUCCUGGGGAAACUAACCAUUCCAGUCCAGAGACUGCUGGAGCGGCAAGCCAUUGGUGAUCAGAUGCUCAGCUACAACCUUGGCCGCAGGCUCCCAGCCGACCACGUGAGCGGGUACCUCCAGUUCAAGGUGGAGGUCACGUCUUCUGCGCACGAAGAUGCUUCUCCAGAAGCUGUUGGCACAAUCCUUGGGGUCAACACUGUGAAUGGAGACCUCGGAAGCCCUUCUGAUGAGGAGGACAUGUCGGGGGGCCAUCACGACAGCCCCGUGUGUUCCAAUGGGCCGGUGUCUGAGGACAGCGCUGCUGACGGGACGCCCAAGCAUUCUUUCAGGACUAGCUCGACUCUGGAAAUGGACACAGAGGAGUUAACCUCCACGUCGUCUCGGACCUCACCCCCCCGAGGACGCCAGGAUUCACUCAAUGAUUACUUAGAUGCCAUUGAACACAGCAGCCAUUCGAGGCCGGGCCCGGCCUCCUGCUCGGAGAGGUCCAUGGGCGCGUCGCCCAAGCUGCGGAGUAGUUUCCCCACCGACACGAGACUCAACGCCAUGCUGCACAUCGACUCCGACGAGGAGGACCACGAGUUCCAGCAAGACCUGGGCUACCCGUCUUCCUUGGAGGAGGAAGGAGGCUUGAUCAUGUUCGGCGCCACGUCGAGAACGGACGACGCGAGCCUGACGUCGCAGACGAAGCCGGAGAACACCCCGGUGGAGGCGGAGGCGGAGGAAGCGUCCACGAACGACGCCGCGUCCUUGGAGGAGAAGCCGGAACACCCUCCCGAGCCGGCGGAGGCCUCGCUGCCCGCGGGCCCGGCCCCCGAGGAGAGCGAGGACGGCGCGGAGGCCCGAGCGGGCGGCGAGCAGGGCGGCGGCGAGCUGUGCGACUCGCAGGAGGCGGACCAGGCGGCGAGCGGGGCGGACGCGGCGGCCUCGGACGCGUCGGGGGGAAGCCGCCGCGCCGCCAGCGAGGCCGAGUCCCUGGACCAGGGCUCGGAGCCGUCGCAGGUGUCGUCGGAGACGGAGCCCAGCGACCCGGCCAGGACGGAGAGCGUGAGCGAGGCCAGCACCAGGCCGGAGGGCGAGAGCGACCUGGAGGGCGCCGACAGCUCCUGCAACGAGAGCGUCGCGACGCGGCUGUCGUCGGUGGACGCGCGCUGCUCCUCGCUGGAGAGCGCGCGCUUCCCCGGGACGCCCGCCUUCUCCUCCCAGGACGAGGACGACGGAGCCGGCGCCGCCGAGCCCGCGGGCGGCGCCGCCGGAGGGUCCCCCGCGUCCCUGCGCGCGCCCAGCCCUUCGCCGGGGGUGGCGGCGCCCGGGGCGGACGAGGAGGCGCCGGCGGAGGACUCGGCGGACUCGGGGGCCUCGGGCCCUGCGGCGCGGCAGGAGGAGGCCGGGGAGGUGUGGCGGCGGCGGGGGAGCCUGGAGGGAGCGGCCGCCCCCGAGAACCGGCCCCAGGAAGACGGCGACGCCGGGGAGGCCCGCGCGGCGUGCGAGGGGGCGGCGGCCCAGGAGGAAGGCGCGGCCGGAGGUUCUCAAGCCAACGGCCACCAGCCAUUGAGAUCGCUGCCAUCCGUGCGCCAGGACGUCAGCCGCUACCAGAGGGUGGACGAGGCUCUCCCGCCAAACUGGGAGGCGCGCAUCGACAGCCACGGUAGGAUCUUCUACGUGGAUCACGUCAACCGAACCACCACGUGGCAGCGGCCGACAGCGCCCCCGGCCCCCCAGGUGCUGCAGAGGUCCAACUCCAUACAGCAGAUGGAGCAGCUGAACCGGAGGUACCAGAGUAUCCGCAGAACCAUGACGAACGAGAGGCCUGAGGAAAAUACCAAUGCUAUCGAUGGGGCAGCGGAGGAAGCUGACUUUCACCCAGCCAGUGCAGAUUUCCGGCGGGAGAGCGUCCUGCCCCACUCUACCUCCAGAUCCAGGCUCACGUUGCUGUUACAGUCUCCCCCCGUGAAGUUCCUCAUCAGCCCAGAGUUCUUCACCGUGCUGCAUUCUAACCCCAGUGCCUACCGCAUGUUUACAAACAACACGUGUUUGAAGCACAUGAUCACCAAAGUCCGGCGGGACACCCACCACUUUGAACGCUACCAGCAUAACCGAGAUCUUGUGGGAUUCCUCAACAUGUUCGCCAACAAACAGCUGGAGCUGCCAAGGGGCUGGGAGAUGAAACACGAUCAUCAGGGCAAGGCGUUUUUUGUCGACCACAACUCCCGCACCACCACUUUUAUCGACCCCCGGCUCCCGCUGCAGAGCAGUAGACCCACGAGCGCGCUGGUCCACCGGCAGCACCUGACGAGGCAACGCAGCCACAGCGCAGGCGAGGUAGGAGAAGAUUCUCGACAUACAGGACCACCAGUUCUUCCCAGGCCAUCAAGUACGUUCAAUACAGUCAGUAGGCCGCAGUACCAGGACAUGGUUCCCGUGGCUUACAAUGACAAGAUUGUUGCUUUUCUGCGCCAACCCAACAUCUUUGAAAUUCUACAGGAGCGUCAGCCUGAUCUUACCAGGAAUCAUUCACUCAGGGAGAAGAUCCAAUUUAUCCGAACUGAAGGGACCCCAGGAUUGGUGCGUCUUUCAAGUGAUGCCGACCUUGUUAUGUUGUUGAGUUUAUUUGAAGAAGAGAUAAUGUCUUAUGUGCCUCCACAUGCCUUACUGCACCCCAGCUACUGUCAGUCCCCACGUGGCUCCCCCGUGUCAUCUCCCCAGAACUCACCAGGUACUCAGCGUGCCAAUGCCCGCGCCCCAGCCCCUUAUAAGCGAGACUUUGAAGCCAAACUAAGGAACUUUUACAGGAAGUUAGAGACAAAAGGAUAUGGACAAGGCCCAGGGAAAUUAAAGUUAAUUAUCAGAAGAGAUCACUUACUGGAAGAUGCUUUUAAUCAGAUCAUGGGCUACUCCAGAAAAGACUUGCAGAGAAAUAAGCUAUACGUCACAUUUGUCGGGGAGGAAGGGCUGGAUUACAGUGGACCCUCCAGAGAAUUUUUCUUCCUUGUAUCCAGAGAACUCUUUAACCCAUAUUAUGGCUUAUUUGAAUAUUCAGCCAAUGACACAUACACAGUACAAAUAAGUCCCAUGUCUGCUUUCGUAGACAAUCACCACGAAUGGUUCCGCUUCAGCGGGAGGAUUCUGGGUCUCGCACUUAUACAUCAGUAUUUGUUGGACGCCUUCUUCACUAGGCCCUUUUAUAAAGCUCUUCUCAGAAUUCUGUGUGACCUGAGUGAUCUAGAAUACCUUGACGAGGAGUUCCACCAGAGCCUGCAGUGGAUGAAGGACAAUGACAUCCAUGACAUCCUGGACCUCACGUUCACUGUGAAUGAGGAAGUUUUCGGGCAGAUAACCGAACGAGAAUUAAAACCAGGGGGUGCCAACAUCCCAGUCACAGAGAAGAACAAGAAGGAGUACAUCGAGAGAAUGGUGAAGUGGCGGAUUGAGAGGGGCGUCGUGCAGCAGACGGAGAGCCUAGUGCGCGGCUUCUAUGAGGUGGUGGAUGCCAGGCUGGUGUCUGUUUUCGAUGCAAGAGAACUGGAACUGGUCAUCGCCGGCACAGCCGAGAUCGACCUGAGUGACUGGAGAAACAACACGGAAUACAGAGGAGGGUAUCAUGACAAUCACAUUGUAAUCCGGUGGUUCUGGGCCGCAGUGGAAAGAUUCAACAAUGAACAACGGCUGAGGUUGUUACAGUUUGUCACAGGCACGUCCAGCAUUCCCUAUGAAGGCUUUGCUUCUCUCCGAGGGAGUAAUGGCCCAAGAAGGUUCUGUGUGGAGAAAUGGGGGAAAAUCACUGCUCUUCCCAGAGCUCACACGUGCUUUAACCGCCUGGAUCUCCCGCCGUACCCAAGCUUCUCCAUGCUUUAUGAAAAACUCUUGACCGCAGUGGAAGAGACCAGCACCUUUGGACUUGAGUGACCUGGAAAAGCAAUGUCGGGCUCCGUACGACGGGCAAGUUCAGAAGCUGCCCUCUUGAAGAAUGGCUGAACAUUGGAAGCUGGAAGAGUGCACUUCCGUUAGAGUAAAGCUGAAUGCUCUGAUUGUCCGGGAACACACACGUUGUCCCAUUUGGGGACCGGAUAGUGGUGAUGAGUCCUCUCGGAAGGAUUGGGGUGAGCUUGAUGCCCAGGGAACAACCCAACAGUCUUUCAAUCAACUGUUGUUGACUGCCAAACUUCUUUCCAUUUGUGUUAUGUUCCAAGACAAAGACAAACCUGUACACGAUCAGAUCCAUGGUCACUUUUAGGGACUCAGGAGAACCUUGAAACUUACCACUGAACGUGGAUCAAGCCACACUGGCAGCACUUGGCCCAAUCUCCAAAUUAGUGCAAGUUAAAUAAUAUAAUAAAAACCAACAUGUUUCCUAAAAGUACACUCACUGAAGCCCUACGUUAUAGCAGAAUGUUCAUUUUCUUGCUUCCGAGUGCCUGCAUGGUGUGCACCAUAGGUUUCAGCUUUCAUGGGACACAAGCAAAAAUGAAACCCAGUCAACAUGAGGUAACUUUACAGAUUUGCAAUAAGGUGGUCUGUGACAAUGUAAAUGCCAAGUGAAAUGUGUGUAAUUAAGGCUGAAGACAAACUGUUAUACAAUGAAUAACUAAUGACAGAUUUUAUGCUUUAUAAUGCAUGAAAACAACUUAAAAAUAACUAGCAAUUAAUCACAGCAUAUCAGGAAAAACUACACGUGAGUUCUGUUUUAUUUUUCAUAGGUUCAUUAUAUUUAUGUUUUUGGAGAUGUAUAUAAGAACCUGCCUGUCAUACUGUGUGUAUCGCCUGCUCCAUUUCCAUGUUCCAUGCUUACUCGGGCAUCAUGCUAGUACGUAUCCUUUUAAGCACUCUCAAGAGAACAAAAGGGCCUUUUAUUUUUAUAAAGGUACAAAAAAAUUCCCCGAAAUAUUUUGCACUGAAUGUACCAAAGUUGAAGGGACAUUACGACUAACAGCAACUCCAUCACAUAACAGAUGUAAUAGAAAAUCGCUUCUAAAUCAGACUUCCUCACAGUGCCGUGUCUACCACUACAAGGACUGUGCAUCUAAGUAAUAAUUUUUUAAGACUCACUAUAUGUGAUAGUAUGAUAUGCAUUUAUUUAAAAUGCAUUAGACUUCUUCCAUCCAUCAAAUACUUUACAGGAUGGCAUUUAAUACAGAUAUUUCGUAUUUCCCCCACUGCUUUUUAUUUGUACAGCCUCAUUAAACACGAAGCUCAUUUAGGGAGCCAUCAGCAACACCCAAGAGAUCAGCUCUCUUUAGUAAUAAGAAUUCCAUUUUCCCUCAUUGAUGAAGACAUCACAAAUUGAAACUCUCAGUACUAUAUUUCUAAGCCUGCAUUUUCACUGAUGCAUAAUUUUCUUAUCAAUAUUAAGAAACAAUUUUUCUAUGGUAUCUCAGAAACUGCAUGAUAUCACUAAUGUUAUUUCUGCAUAAUUUUAUCAGAGGAUGUUCUUCAUUUUUAUUGCUUUUAGGGUUACUCCACAUCAUUGUUUAUUUCUUGACUUAUGGCCAUAACUAAUUGGAGUCAGUUCUUCAGUAGAGUCAAGUUAAAUCAUGGAUAAUAAAAGCAUUGGAUUAACAUUUGGUUUGCCAGCCUGUGGUUUUACAGGCGUUGCCGCAACACCUUUUUGAGAAUUAUAAGUAGCCAUGGGAUUCCUAUUAUGGGAUGUUGGCCAUCUUGUAUUUUAUAGGGUCACAUGCAUGGUUUUCACAGGUGGUUUGUAAGAACUAAUUGUUGGUUAAGCUGUGUUUACUACUGAGACCCUCCAGAGGAAUAUCACUCGUGUUGCAUUCCUGAACUAUGCAACAUUCCUGAGCAUGGGGAAACGUUCCCCAAAAAAGGUUACCAAAAUCUAAAGAUAAGAAAGGAGGAUUUAUCUGUGUACUAUAACUGGACCAGAGAAAAAGGGAAGAGAAAAAAGUUUUAAUUGGAGAUGUUAGUUUGUACUUACUGAUCAUGAAUAUAAGUAUAUAUUUAAUUUUGCAAACUAUUUUUACUUGUUUGUAUUUUUUUCAUUAAGAGGAAAUUUAGUUAUAACAUACUUAAACACACACACAGACACACGCACAUCCUUGAUGGUUCAGAGCUGGCAUUCUCUAAGUAGCUAGUGUAAAAGGUUACACAUUUCUUUCAAAAAUCGAAGCUAACCAUGUUAGCUUUCAUUUUGGUUUGUGACACUGUGUUACCAUAUUCCACAUUAUUGGGUAAAAGAGGUUUGAAAUAAUAUGCAUCUCUUUAAUUAAUCCUAACAAAAAUAUUUCUCGUUAAAGCAUCUAACUUCUUCCCAAAGCUACUGCUGCUUUAGUUCUCAGAACUGGGAAUUAAGGAAGAUGUACUUAGCAUAUCGGAACACCAUGAUAACUGACCUAUUAUUCUUAAUUAGUAAAACAAAAAAGUCCAAUAGUCACUAUAAAAACAUUACAUAACAUUUCCACAGAAUAAAUUAGACUUGAAUAUCCCCUACAAAUAGAAAUGUCCCUAAAUAUUUUCUUCUAGACUCUGAGACUAGAUGACUUGGCUGUGUGGUCUCGUUUUCUUUAAAAAAUUCUUGAGUGACGCUUAUAGUACACGGUCUUCUACUAUAAAAGACCGUCACGAUGCAUUGCGUAUGUAUGCAGAACGUCGCGUACAUGAAGCAAGAGGCACGCUGUUGCCCUUCACUCUGUACCAGCCCCUGGGUUUGGUGAUGGAGCCACAGGAUUCAAAACCUGCCCUUGGGAAGCUCACAGUCUCGAGAAAUAGACACCAAGGUUUAAAAAACAGUAUUUUUAAUAAAAUUUGGUAUGUUCUACAAUUAAGGAAUGAAGAGAGAAUGGCUUAUUCCAUCUGGGAAAUCCCCUGAAGCCUUCAUACAUGGGAGAUACUGUGUGGCUAAAAAUAAAAAUCACAUAAAUGCUCUUUCUCUUGGUAACUAAUGGCAUGUGAUAGUGUGUCAGCACUGGUCUGGCAGGAAGACCCAGGGCGCUUUCACACACUAGGGUUUAAAGUGCUCAGAUGAGGAGCUGAACCAUGAAGGAGCAGCUCAAGGAUCUUCAAAUAAUCAGAGAAAUGGCAAAAUGAAGUCCAGUAUUUUCCCCUCUGUUUCUCCUCUCAUCUGCACUUCAAUGUAACUUCAGUUUUCAGGGGGAAAAAUCCCCAGGCCUCGAGCCCAACCCACUUCGGGGGUCAGGACAUUUAUUUUGUGCACAAAAACAAAUGGAUCUUGGCUAAAGAAGUGUGGUCACAAUUUUGUGGCGUAUGUUGGGUGUAUUAUUUAGUGGACAUCCUAUACUCGAAGGGAAAUCCGUUUCACCUGCAUUAACCAUGAGACGUGCUGAAACUGCAUCCAAAAUGAUGAGCAGUAAGGGUAGAAUGUGUGUGGGCAUCGCUUUGGAGUUUCAAAGUGCUUUCCCGUGUGCCAUCUUAAAUCUGUUGCUGCUCUCGUGCUUCUGGGGGGUAAAAGGUAUCAAACCCAGCUGGGUGGAGGUUGAUUUUCAUGGAUCAAUUUCCACACUUAAUGGUUACAACUCUAGUUUUCGUUUCAAACAAUGUGGAGACUGAUGUUUCUACAAACAUAUUCCACUCUCAGUGAAUCUUGCAAGAUGUUGCAUCUGCCCAAAUUCUCAUUUUUUUCAAACAUUUUUAAAAUGCGUUACCUUCUGAAAAGCUUUUGGAAUUUACUAGUAUAUUCGUGGGGAAAAAACUCCUCAUGGACUUAAUACUUGCAUUUUACUACUUGUUAUGAGAAAUUUAAAACAUUGCAAAAUUAUGGCAUUUGGUGGAUUUCUACAGGAGUGUGGUUUAUUAUUAUUUGGAAGCAAAAUAAUGGGGACAAAAACCCGCUUUAAUCACUAACCUUAUUUUAUUUUUUAAUUCUUAAUGAGGAUGUAUCUAGAAGGUCUGGGAGGUAGGUUCCAGUGCUAUGGAUGAAGGAGCCCUUGCAGAUUCUCUUUUCCUUUCUGUCCUCUUCAUAGUCACUCAAUUUUUGUCUUUCUUUCUGCACAAGUUGUAUUUAUGACUUGACCACUUCUGACUAAAGAAAACAUCUUACAGUAAAGAGUCUGAAAGUCUUUUCAACUAAACUGUAUUGGAGAGAUUCCCAAGGCAGGUGGUAGAUUUGUUUAUCUAACAUGGAAGCAAAGGAAGACGAGAGACAUUAAAGCUUUCUAAACUGUGGCUUAAGGCCAAUGGCUGCCCACGAGAGGGGCGAUUCAAGUGAAAAGCAGACAAGAGAAGUCCAGCAGUUAUGUUCCCCACCCCGGCCGGAACACAGUGCUAAUUCCUGACCAACUGUCAAGACUCUGGGAGGUAGCUGCCUUCCAAAGAACUGGGACAAAGGAUAUAACGCGUGUGUGUGCUGCCCCUAAUCACAGAACUUUGGGCCAGAAGGAAUGCAGGGAUGGUUAAGACGGGAUCCUAGCAAAGGGAAAGUAAAAACAAGGGCUGGAAAGAUCACCUUCGGGCUUCAAUUUGGUUUCUGACCUUCGGGAAGAAAAGAAGAAAAGAACGUCCUGCUGCCUAGUGAGGACACUGCUUGAUAAUCUGCCUGGUGGGAAAUUAGCCUUGCUGUGUAACUUCGGUAGGCUGAUAACAUCUUCGCUAUUGCACAACAGAACUUGAAAGUAUUAAAGCUAACCCACAGAUGAAUCAGGAAAAUUUGACAAUUUAGCAUUAAAUUAUGUUGUGGAUUUGGUUUAACUUCAGAAUUACUGUGGCUAUUAUUGAACUUUAUAAGUAAAAAAAAAUGGUGUAGCCUGACAUACUUAUGAUGCUUAAUUUGUUUCUCAGCAGACAUUCUUUGACAUGAGAAUAGAGCUUUUGGGACAUUUUCGUGGUUUCUAGUGGUUAGUUAAAUGUUCCCUAUUAAUCCAGGAAGCGGAAACUCAAGAAUUGGGUUGCUGAAUUGCAAAUGGAGACCUGAUCAGUGUUUCCAAUUUUCCAGGAAGCUGAUCAAGACUGAAAACACAUUGGCUCAGACUUACUCUGCUAGGCAGUUUAUUUGGCUUUCAUGAUGGCACAGUUCAGCAGCAUUGGCAGGCCCUAGUUUUAGGGCUUCUGGGAAAAAAACAGAGUAAUCAUAUUUACAUACAUGAUCUUAGCAUCUAGUCGCCUUGGGCAGGUGAUAUCUUUCCAUCUAAUUUUCUCUUGGGACAUUACCUCCCUGAGAAGUGUCAAUAGGUCUCUGGUGGGAUUCAGGCUGAGUUAGCUAUUACUGAUGCAGGUAAGGAACCAUCAGUAAACUUCCGGUUACUACACCUUCUGUAAAAGAGGAUGGAUAAUGUUCAAGAAAUACCUGGGAAGUACUAACCAGGAAACACACAGACCUGAAUGUUCUUUUAGGACCUUAAUGCUCUAAAAGCUGUUAUUACAACCUAUUUUUCUUUAUGUGAUAUCGUAAGUAAAAUCUGAAGCUGUUAAUAUAUUGGAAAGUGCAUAAGAUUACAUGUUUUUAUAAUAGGGAUGCAGGCAUUCCAAAAUAGAAAUACAUGCAUCUCUCUUGCCUCUUACUGAAAGUAUUAAUCUAAUUUUAUAAUAACGCUUACUUUUUAAUAUUAAGGCUCUGUAAAAAAAAAAUAUAUACCAUAUUUAUUUCUAAGAUUUCAGUAGAGCACAGGUGAUGUAUUUUUUUAAGCCUUUCCAUUUCUUUUCACCAACUCCAGCCACGUGUCCAUUAUUCCAUGUGUCACAGUCAAGAGCUAUGUUUCUUUCUAUUUUUGUUGAGUUGAUUUAAGCUUCGUAUUCGUCCAGUGUGACUUUUAACAGAGAACUAAUGGGAGGUAUUUAGUAUUGACUUUAAGACCUUACAGUUCUCACUUCACCUUAUAUUUAAAUUUCAUCUAUUUUUUUCCAGUUGCAAAUAAUGCAGAUUGUUGACAUCCUAGAAAUGAUUUGUGGGUGGUAUUAACUGGAGCCUGAGACUCUGAAAUGUAGACUAGAUGUUGGUUUUCUGGAAAGCUUGUAUUCUUAUCCUCACCUGAACCCCUGACUUUUGUGUUGUAUUUUUUUAUGAUUCCAAAAUGCUUUGAGGGAAAGAUAUUUUAAUGUGUACAAUUUGUUUUAUUUUCAUACUGAUCUCUAUUUUUGUUUAAAACCAUUUUGCACCAUGAAAUCACGUAAUCCAAAAUAAAUCUUCUUUAAAAAAA